GAUUUUUCUUUCUGUGUUCUUGCUGUUUUGGAUUGCGGUUUCGGUUGAGGACCUUUCCGACUUUGGACAAAGUGGAUUGCCUCGGCUGAAGAAAUUGGGAAAAAUGGGCCAGUCAACAACCAAGCUGAAAGAUCCAAAACCACAACUGAACCAUCGUCUUCGACAUCUUUUCAGAAAAAAAAAAAAAGAGAACCCUCUGGAAAAUGAAGAAACUCAUGGUGUGCAGCAGCCAACAAGGAAACAGGAGACGAGGACGAAAGAAGCAGUUGAGAACCAAACUGUGAGAAUUAAAGACGAUCUGGACAAACUUGGGAAAAAAAAGUUUGGAUCUUUUAAAUUCCGACUCCAGACAUACGGGAAUGACCCCAUUCCUUUGAGCGAACUGGAGGACCAAGACACCAAGGGCAUCGCUAAGUUACUGACCAACCACUACGGACCUGAGGAGGCGUUAACAGUCACACAAGAUAUUUUCAUAAAAAUAAAAAGGCGUGACCUUGUUCCCAAAGUUGACCGUGACAUGAUCUUUGAACGGGACCCAGAGGCCAUCGACACCUGCCAGUACCCUUGUGCUAAGUCUAAGGUUUAG